AUGGGCAGCAGCAGCGGCCACCUCUACCGCUGCAGUCACCGCCGCUGCCGGCUGCAGCCGCCUCUGCUGCCGACCGCCGCCGCCGUUGCCGCCGCCGCUGCCGCUACCGAAGCCGCAGUCGCCACCGACGCAGCCAAGACAACAGCCGCCGCAGCAGCCACAGCCGAGGCCCCAGUCGCCGCGGCCGUUGACUACAGCAGCAGCCGCCGCAACUGUCGAGCCGCAGCCGCCGCCGCCACAGCUGCUGACGCCGCCGCCGCCGCCACUGUUGCGGCCCUGUCCCUGCCGGCGCGCCUCGGCCCUGCCUCACCACCUGCCGGCCUCUGCCUACCCGCCCUGGUCGAUGACCUUCAGAUUUUCCUACAGUGCGAUAGGAGAGAUGGUCUCUCCCUGUUCGAUCUCACGUCUGGUGCCUCUCCUGCCCCUCCUGCCAAUGCUAACAGCACUUAUAAGAGCGCUAAGACCCGUGACUACUUCCUCUCUGUUUGCCCCACCACACUCACCAUUGACCUCCUCGAGGAGCGCCUCCUGGCAGCUGAGAAGAGCAUAGUCGAUGUAGGAGCCUCUCGUGGUGACCGUGGUACUCCCUUCUUUGAGAGGUGUUCCCCCUCCCCCCUCCUGCCCUCUGUUGCCUCUACUGCUGCGGCCGACCUCGUUGGCCUCGAGUCGGCCGGAGCUACGUCUGCCCCUAGCGGGAGACGCCGCACCGGCAAGGGCAAGGGGGGCAAGGAUGCUGGAGGAGCUCGCGGGGGCGGUGGAGGUGGCGGUGGAGGCGGUGGAGGGGGUGGGGGUGGUGGUGGGAGUGGUGGCGGUGGUGGGGGCGUCGGUGGCGGCAGUGGAGGCGGAGGAUGCGGCGGCGGUGGUGGUGGGAGCGGAGGAGGCAGAGGUGGCGGCGGUGGCGGAGGUGGCGGCGGCAGCGGUGGGACUGGUCGGGGCGGCUCUGCCCAGAGGGGUGGCUCUGGUGGUGGUCAGCGCCAGCAGCAGCAGCAGCGCACUCGUGAGACCCCGUCCCCCCAACAGCUUUGUCAGUGGUACACUUCACGUCAUCGGGGUGGGGGUGCUGGUCCCUGUACCUACGUCCUGCGUACCGGCGACCGUACCGGUGAGCAGUGCGGGGACCCGCACCCCACCCAGCGCUGUUUCGGCCGCCUGACGGACGCCUGGCGUCUCCAGUUCCCUGACGCCACGGAGAUCCCUCACUGGGGAGAGCUGCAGAGGUCGGGGGUUGCUAUCUUUGAUCUUGAUUAUGAUGCUAUUCUUGCUGCCAUGUAUGUUUUGUCUACUAGUGAUGAGGGUGACUGUUACCUGUGUGUUCCGCCUGACCCGGGCAUUGGGACUGCUGCUCUAGGUGCUGGUGAGGCUGCUGCUCUAGGUGCUAGUGAGUCUGCUUCCCCAGGUGCUGGUGAGUCUGCUCUCUCAGGUACCACGUCGGCUCAGGCCUCCCACACCUUCACCCUUGACUCGGGUGCUUCCCGCUCCUUCUUUCGAGACCGCACCACACUCACGCCGCUUAGUCGGCUAGUUGCGGUCUCCCUGGCAGACCCCUCUGGGGGUCCUGUCCUUGCCCACUUCUCCACUGUCUUACCGUGUCCGGCGGCCCCUUCUGGCACCCUGCCAGGUCUCUACCUCCCCUCGUUCUCUACGAACUUGGUGAGUGGUGCUGACCUACAGGAUGGGGGGGUUGACCAGAUCACUCCUGCGAGUCAGCGAGUGACCCACUGA